AUGAAAGAAAAAUAUUGUGGAACAGAAUCGAUUUCAUUUCUUCCAACAUCCACGAUUACAACUACGGGUCAAACGGCGAUCAAUUCAGCAAGUGCAGAAGUCAAAUUUAAAUGUAAUUCAUCAUCAAUCGCACUUGAUGAACAAUUUGAAAAUACAUUAAAUUCUAUUCGACGAAUAAAAGCACAAGAGAAUAUCGAAUGUCUACAACCAAAAUAUAGCUUAGUCUGUAAUGCUUUUCUUAGGUCACUAUCACAAUUUGCAUUACCUCUAAUGAAUAUAAUUGCUGAAGCUGAAAAUCUUAAUUUACAAACAUUUAAAGAUCUUAUUAGUUUAACAUCACCAAUAUAUAAUAUACAAAUGCCACAAGUAAUUAAAGUUCGAUUAAAUUUUUUACUUGAAUUCUAUGAAAAAUAUAAACAUCUUGGAAAUAAAUCUCUAUUAGAAGAUUACAUUGAAUAUGGACAAUUAUGUAUUAAUAAUGAAGCUGAUUUCGUUCCAGCUUUACAACUUGAUUUUUGGCCAGAUGAUAUUCAAUCGUUUUUGGAAAGGAUUCAUCGUCAUCGUCCACAAUUGUAUCAAUUAAUCAUUGAUACAACUUCAAUGCAUUUAAUACCAAAAUGGUCAGAAAAAACAGCAAAAAUCGAUGAAGAACUAGAAUUUCGAUAUUCAUUUUCUGAAAUCGAACGUACAUUAGCAAUGAAUCGUACACGAGUAGAACAAAUUCUCAAUGGCGUCGCAAGAAGUAUCUAUUAUAAAUAUUUAAAACAUCGAUUAUUAAUACCAUCCUAUUUUAUCAAAACGACUGUACUAUGGAUGUGUGAAUUAAGAAAUCUUAAUGAGCAAUUUACAGAUCAAGAUGAUGAUCGAACUAUUGCUCUUGUCUUAGCUGAACAAUGGCUUGCAUACGUUAAAGAGAUGUUAUCGAUUGGUGUCUGUAAACAUUAUUUUAUCGAUGAAAUGAAUCUCUUAGGAUCAUGUUCAACAGAAACAUUACAAACUGCAAUAGUUAUUCUUGAACAUGAAGUGGAUUUGGAUGCUGAUGAGAAAAUUAAUAUAUUUAUUGAACAGAAGAAUUUGCUUAAUCAACAACGACAUACAAUGGAGAAUUGGUUAGGAAAUAUGAAAGUGAAAGAUAUUUUAGAUGCAAUGAACGAAUAUAAAUUAUUGAAAGAGAAGUGGUUAUGUUCAUCAAGAGAUUUUCAAGAUGAUGGUAAUGCCAUAGAUUGUUUACAUGUUUUAAAUUCAUUACGAACAUUGGAUGGUCCUUAUCAACAAAAUUGGUCGACAUUUAAACGUUUAUUUCUUGAUACAAAUGAGACAAAUUGGUUGCCAUGUCUUUGGGGUGAAGCAGUUGAUGAUUGUUCACCAUCAGAUUUUGUUGAUAGUCUAAUUGGAUUAGGCAACAUGUUAAGUCAUAUUCAAACUGCUAUGGAAAAAGAAGAUUUCGAUGGAACAAUUAAUAUGGAGAUGAAUCAACAUGAAUUUUCUGGUGUACAGAAUAUUUUAAACGAUUUAAUUAAACCAUCGAAUAUAAUUCAUAAUAAUUUAAUGACUUCCUGGUUACCAAUGUUUACAGAGACAUAUUUCAAUGAAUUAUCAACGAGUACACUAUUCAAUGCUCGUGCACCAUUUCAACAUCGUUCUAUCAUUGAUAAUCAUCCUACUGGACCAAUUAAUAAUCUUUUAAAAAAUCGUUCAUUACCAUCAGAAUGGAAUUCAUCAAUGCGACAACCGUUUCUACAAUAUGGUCAACAUGUUUCAAACAAUUUUUUUGAUUUAUUAAAUAACGCUCCAGAUCAUGAUAUGACAAUUAAUGAUUUGAUUAAAUAUUAUGAACCACCAUCACAAACAAGUUCACAGUCUGUAACAACAUCAUCUAUUCCAAAACAAAUCAUUUCUCACGCAACAAAUUCUUCAUCAAUUAACAAAGAAGAAUUUACCUUAGUUAUUUUCGAUCCUGAUUUUGAUAUAAAAACUAUUGAAGAAGAUCAUUAUCGUUCAAUUAAUGAUUAUGUCUUAUUUUAUGCUGAAAAAUCUCAAUUACUUUCCUAUAUUCAAUCGAUCAAUGAAGAAAAAAUUCUUAUUAUUAUUUUCGAUCAAAUAUUCGAUCGAAGCUUUCUCGAUCAAUUACAAAAUUUGAAUCAAAUCGAUUCAAUUUCUAUUUAUUCUAUUCAAGGAAAUUAUAAUGAGUCCAUCAAAAAUGAUUAUCCAAAACUUAUUGAUAUAUAUACAGAUAAAUUACUUUUAUUUGAACAACUACGAAUGAGAAUUAAACAACAAUCAACAUUAAUAUUUGGUUUUUACAAUGUCGAACGAAUUUGUUCAACAUUUGAAAAAUUCUCUAAAGACAAUGGAAUCUUUUUUUGGAAUUUAUUAUUGAAAGAUUAUUUGAUGAUCAAUUCAUUUGCAGAUCAAAGUUUAUUAGUGGAACAGUGUCGAGAAUAUUAUCAAGGAAAUUUAGACGAAUUGGAAAAUAUUGAACGAUUUGAAAAAACAUAUCGACCAGAAAAUGCAUUGGAAUGGUAUUUAAAACAUUGUUUUCUUUCAAAACAAUUGAAUAAAGCAUUUCGAACUGCGAAUGUAGAACAAUUGAAAUUAUUUCGUUUUUUUAUUGAUGUUGUUACAGACUAA